UAGAAUGGGGAACAGUCUGCCUGCUUCUGUGGGAUUGUCUAAUGCUGCAGCUGUGAAUCAAAUACAGGACAUUAUUUCCAACAACUGUGUGGUGAUUUUCUCUAAAACAACAUGUGGCUACUGCAAAAUGGCAAAAAAACUUUUUGAGGAUAUGAAUGUAAAUUACACAGCUAUAGAACUGGACAUGAAUACAAAUGGAAGUCAGUUCCAAGACAUUCUGGAACAGAUGACUGGUGGCAGAACGGUCCCAAGAGUGUUUGUCAAUGGGACUUUUGUUGGAGGUGCUACAGAUACUCGAAAGCUCCAUGAGGAAGGCAAACUGCUUCCAUUAGUUCAUCAAUGUCAAGAUAAAAGACAAUCCCGGACAACCAUCUAG